UCAAAGGGAAGUUAGGGUGAUCAAAGUCAUUAUCAAGCAUUAUUUUAUGCUAGACAAGGUCAUACAUGACGUUUAGGCAACUGAAUAACAUAUGAAAGCUGGCAGCAUAAAGACUUAAUUAAGUUAAAAUAGAUCUAAUCAAAAGUCAAAUAACAUAAUCAGGCGACUAUAUAUAUCAAAGAUGUGCCAACUAUUAUCCCUGAGUCAGCCAAGAAUAGGAAGCACCUGGUGUCUAAGAAUAGAGGGAAAAAAUGUACACAACCAGACCCUUAUCUCUAUACAAAAAUUCCCCAGAAGCUAUCUCAUCAGCUCCAGAAGGUCCAAAUUCUGGUUAUUUGGUACUCCGAGAUGAGGAAUCCACACCAACCUAUUUUUUCGGGUUGAUCAAGGGUUCAUCUAUCAAUAAUCUGCCAUUUCCACAAAAUAAGCGCCUCUCCAUCAGAUAUACAACCAGCAAUGGCGAAAGCUCUCACACUUCAGUUGAUGAGGUUUAUUUGAUUCCUGUCAUCAACCAGCCACUCUCAUCAAAUCGAUAUUAUGCAAUAAAAGCAGAUGGGAAGACAAAGGGGGAAUCAUAUGCAAGCUCAAGAGAAGACGACAUCGGCACCUGCUGCUUCUGCAUCCCAUGCAUCCGAGAUGUAAAACCAAGACCACCCUUUGAUGCAAAUGACAUAUAUCAGCAGUUUGAGUUCUCUGUAACACCGACAUGCCUCGGCGGAAGCAGGCUCUCAGCUAGAUCCGUAGCACCUGAUGGUCACCCUCCACAUUUUUUACGCAGAAAAGGAUGGCAUAUGAGCUCCAAAUCUAUAAAAAACUUCAACAUGGGAGAGGCUCGAGGUAUUGACCCUUCUCUUAGAGCUCGUCUUCCGGACUUCAAUAUUUUGCCAUCUCAAGAAAUUUCAAAGUCAGUGGUUGUUGGUAAGUGGUACUGCCCUUUCAUGUUCAUCAAAGAUGGGCGUGAGAAAGAUCAGAUCAAAAAUUCCGUAUAUUAUGAAAUGACACUCGAGCAAAGAUGGGAGCGUAUUUUUUCUGCCGAGAGAAGCUAUGAUCAGGAAAAGACUGUGAUAGUCGAUGCGGUGGUUCCAGCAGAGAUGGUAAGAAUAGCAGGGCAGCUAGAAGCGCAAGAAGAGAUGAUUGAUGGCAGAGGAGUGGUGUGGUACAAGGCAGCAGAUGGAAGCGGAAAAGACUAUAGGGUGGGGCUGAGCUCACUGAUUGUAGAAAGAAUAAUGUGGGAAGAAGGAAGAGUUGGAUGGGCUAAAGAGAAAGAGAAGUGGAUCAAAGUGGUAAAAGAAGAGAAAUAUGAAGGAAUACGAGACUGGAAAACGUUUGGUUGCUAUUUGCUUGUCGAAAGUUUUGUUCUGAAGCGGGGUGAUGGGAGCAACGUGUUAACAUAUGAUUUCAGGCACACUCAUCAGAUAAGAAGCAAAUGGGAAUGAUAAAUGAGUCCUGCUUUUCUGGACAGAUCUGAAAAACUGAUUUCCUAGCCUAAUCCACAUUAUAUAAGCAUAAAUAUAAUUGCAAGGUUUACAUUGCUCUGUGUUUUUGCUAAAUCAAGGGACAUUGUAUAUAUGUAAUUACAUUACUUUGCAUAAGAAAUAAAAUAGUUACAAUAAUGUAUCUUGUUGCUCUUAAUAUUUGAAUUUGUUCGUGUGAUUACAGAAUUAGCGGAUAUUGAAAUUACUUAGCAUUUGUUUGAGUAAAUUAAGCAAAUUAUUUAAUGCAUAGGUUUACCUUCUAA